UUAGCACUCGAAUGUUUGUUUUAUACGAAACCAGUUGUCGAGCGAACUUGGAAGUGGGUGGACGUGUGAACUGUAGACGCGGUGAUCGUUAAAUUGAUUUUUUGUUGCUCCACAAGCAGAUUGAGAGAGUAAUUUGAGCAGUUGAAACGUUUGACGUGACGUGAGAAAGAGUGGUGGUAAAGUAUUCUGAAGGUGAAGAAAAGUGUACAACGGCUAGACAAGCUCGGAACGAGUGGAUGAAGUUUUUCUGACGAGGUGUUUGGAGCUGGUUCGUGUAGAGUUCAGCGAAAAUAACAUUGCGUGACUUGUAAAGUGAAGCCCAAAUAGUGUCAGUAUUGAAUGGGAAAGUGGUUAGUGUUGGCUUCGCAUUAGGAUUACACCAUUGAACCUGUGUGUUAUUUCGAAUUUAAACAAGUGAUUAGAGUGCAAGGAGGAGAAGGAGAGAAAUCAAAAACUCAGUAAUCAUGACAGAACUAAUGGAUUUAAGAAUGCAUCAUCAUUUGGCACUGCAGACGGAGAUCUAUCGGCAGCGGAUGCUACAGGGCUUACCAGAUCCCUAUCCGACGAUGCUGCCUGUGCCACCGCCAAGGCCUCUGAUGUUGCCACCUCGCUUCCCAUUGCCUUCGGAAGUUGAUAUCAAGCUGCAGAACAAAGAACUGUGGAGUCAGUUCCAUCGUAUCGGAACCGAGAUGAUCAUUACUAAGAGUGGAAGACGUAUGUUUCCUUCUAUGCGCCUGUCGAUCAACGGUCUCGAAGCGGAUGAAAACUACUGCGUACUGAUUGAGAUGAUUCCCAUCAGCGAUUGCCGCUUUAAAUUCAGUGGAUCCCAGUGGGUACCGGCCGGUGGCGCUGAACCACAGAGCCCCCAACGGAUGUAUCUACACCCUGAUAGCCCUGCUCUCGGCUCUCAUUGGACAUCGCAACCCGUUGUUUUCAAUAAAGUCAAGUUGACCAACAACACACUGGAUAGUAAUGGACAUAUUGUUCUUACCAGCAUGCAUAAGUACCAGCCCCGCAUUCACAUCAUUAAAACGUCGGAUCCUUCGCAGAUCCCAUGGUCACCACAGUCGGCCUUCACUUUCCCGGAGACCGAAUUCGUCGCCGUUACUGCUUAUCAGAACGAUCGUAUCACCAAGCUGAAAAUCGACCACAACCCCUUCGCGAAGGGUUUCCGAGAAACCGGUCAGUCUCGCUGCAAGCGAAAAGCCGGCCUCAUGAACACAUCACGCUCGGCCGAAGACUCCGAAGAAUCCGGAGGCGAGUGUGGACCCGAACCGAAACGCCAACGAACCGACAGUGCCUCACUGGACGACAGUGACAUUUCCGUGAGUGAUAGCUCCAGCAGUGGUACAAGCUCCCCGGUUAACGUCGACGAUCUGCACCAUCGGGUUCCCUGUGCACCGCACGAAGACUUCCUCCGGACGGCGCAUCCCUACCAACAGAUGCUGAACCCUGCCAUGGCCGCAGCCGCUGGCUGGAUGGACCUCAUGCUACCGUACUUCCAGCAGCCUCACCAUUCCCAUCCCCAAGCCAGUCAUCCUCUACAGCAUUUCAAACGCGAUUUCAACUCCCUGCCAACCCUACCAGUGUCUCACAAAUCCCUUGAGCGAUCCGUCGAAGCCACCAGCAAGAAACUCGGCUUCAGCAUAUCCGCUAUCCUCGGGUAUGAUCGGUAAGCCCGCCGACUUCUCUCUGUCUCUCGCUCGUAAAAGGUGCUAAUCACUCCGCCGCACCCAAGCGCGAACCACGAGGGAAUCUGGGGAGCCCAAUUGAUGAGACUGUGUACGCGCCAAGGAAGUCGCAAGAAAGCAAAUCACAAAACUCAAAGCAAGAUGAAAGAAAAACGGGUGUAAAUUAGUUCCUCACACAUUCACACCUGGAUGCGAUCGAGCAUACGCGUCUUACAACGCACCAUCGCCAUCUCCGUCGAUCGAGUGCUGUAGUUCUCUGGGAAUAAAUGCAUUCAAAUCCCUCCGGACGGAACUGGUCCUAAGAGCUUCGGCGAUGGCUGAGCAAACAGCGCGGACCGACGGUUCAUGAUUCUUCGUCCGGCACCCGAACGGGGAGAUGCAACGUGAAAGAAUAAUUCCAUUUAUGAGUGGCCAAAGCCAAGAAUCGGUGCCAUUGUAGCGCUUGUCGUCUGACUGGAGCGCAGCCAGCAGCGCCGGGAAGGUGAUGAAUGUGUAUUUUUAGUUUAGCUAUCUCUCUCUGUUCAUUCUCCGUACGAGCUCUGCUUUUCAGUUCGUUUUUGUAUGUUUAUGUAGCGUGUGCAAUUAUGAGCGAGGACAAACAAAACUUGGAAAGAUGCUAGAAGAUUAGAAAGAUUUCUCAAAAGUGUGCAAGAUGAAUAACGUUUAGGUUCUUUUUUUUAGAUUUGCUGAAGAAAACCAUAAUUGUUAAUUAUUUGUAGGGACGAGAUGGAAAGCCGAAAGUCAAGAGAGUACUGCUUAUUGUAGGUAGAUGCAUUUGUAGAUAUUUUUUAGUUGAAUAAGCAUAGAGUGCGAUUUUUAGGGAAGAAAUAGGUUCUCCGACAUAAUCUCAUUUAGCUUUAUCGUAGCAGAAAAUCACCUCAAAGAAAACUGUGCGAUUUUGUAAAUUAUUGUUUAUUAUAUGUAAGCGCCGAAGACAAAGAGACUGUAAUUGAAAAUAAAUAAGUAAGAAUUAUAUAAA